AGAAAAUCAUAAAUAAAUAAAAAAACCAGAACCAAAUCAAGGGAUAAUUCGUACUGCUCUCUCUCUCUCUCUCUCCAUCUUCAAUUCUACGAUGGCGUCGUCUUUGUGCGACAACCCUGACCGCACCAAGACCCCAACGCGCUCCAAACCAUCUCGGAAGGUCCGAUUUGUAGCGAAAGUCAGGGGAUUUAUGGACGCAGAGGCCGAGUUUUCGAAGGGGGACUCUUGGAUCUCCGUGAACAAGCCCAAUGGAGAGGGUUCGGAGAGUGUCACUCUCUCUUUCAAAGAGCAGCAGCCUACAAGUCGUAAAGAAUCGUAUGAAUUGGAUUACUUCUACGACCAACACGAAGACAAUGGCGUAAUCUUUUCGCGAGAGGUGAAGCCUCUAAUACCUGGAGUUCUUGGUGGUUGUAAUGCCACUGUUGUUACAUUGGGAGCAAGAGGCAGUGGAAAGACUUGCUUAAUUCAGGGUUCUGCUGAGAAACCAGGUUUGGCAGCUCUAGCAAUGGCUGAAAUUUUUUUGGCCGCGGAGAAAGAUGGAAAUUCCGUUAAUAUAUCAUCUUACGAGGUCUAUCAGGACCAUGUGUAUGAUAUCUUGGAUCCAGAACGACGACUAGUUUUGGUACAGGGUGAUGCUCAAGGGAAAAUUCGGCUUAAAGGACUUUCUCGGGUUCCCGUGAAAUCGGUUUCAGAAUUCUACAAUUUAUAUGUAAGUGGGUGUGCUUCCUGUAAACGAGCACAAAAAGUAGCUACUGAACUUCCUCGUCGCGGCCACAAGGGCUUGAUAGUGCAUGUAUCAUCUCCUAGUGAAAGUUCAGAUGCCCUUCAUGUGGGAAAAUUGAAUUUUGUUGACUUGGCAGGUUAUGAGGGAACCCGUAGGAAAAGUGUCGAUGGCCUUAAUCUUGUGGAGACUAGUAAAAUUCACAAGUCAAUAUAUGCCAUGUUGAAUGUUGUUCAUGCUCUACGCGCUUCUGGAAAUCAUGUACCUUACCGGGAAAGCAAACUCACACAUUUAUUGCAAGACUCCCUGAGUGGAGCGCAUAGAGUUCUGAUGGUCACUUGCUUGAAACCAACAUUUUGUCAAGAUUCCAUGUACAUGGUAAGCCUGAUGUCUCGAUCUUGUCAAAAUAAUAAUGGGGCUGUCAUGGAGUCUACAAAGAAGACUAAAUGUUUGACAAGAUCAGCGGUGGUUCCAUCACGUAAGGGCCAUAUACCGCAGACCAUUGUGGGUACAACAAAGAAACAAACCAUUUCCAGAGCGCCUCUUUCUGAAAAGAAGAUCAAUUGCAGUAUGACUCCCGUAUUGAAAGGAAGGAAGCUAUUUGAUGAAAAAAAUAAAUUGACCAAAUCGAAGAAGGGAAGUUCAAUCUCAGAUAUCGCAUCGACCUCAGAAACUUCUGUAGAUAAAGAGGAAAUGUCCGUUUCAAGUGUUACGGAAGUAGCAGAACCUUCAGUGGAGAAUACGUUGUCAGAUGCACUGAAACCCCUGGAACUUACUUCUAUGGGUGAAAAGGAUAAUUUAUCAUCAGAUGCUCCAAAGCAUGCAGAAUGCAUUUUAAUGGCAAAAAAGGAUGUUUCUUUUAAUUCUGAUGCUCGUACUGAGAAACAUACUCCGGGUGUCAACAGCCGAGAUGACUUCUCUUUACUUGAAGAAGGUCAUCAUGUUGAAAAGGAAGGCAAGAACUCAGAUGUCAAUGAUGAAAAAUCGCCGCCAAUAAGUUCAAGAUUACAAGAAUUAUCAAACAAUCUGAAAAACCUUCUUUCUGCAACUCCUGUGUGCAAAAAGAUAUCAGAUGCAUCAAAAACCGACUGUUCUGCAACUCCCUUGUGCAUAAAGAUGCGAGAGGAGAAUGAUGCUUCAUCCAACAAUGUAGAACCGAAAACUCCGGCUAAUAAGGGUACGAAAGACAAUAGAUGUGAGGUUACAAAUGUCAACAGCCCUUGGGAAGCGCUUAGUGUGCGUAAUUCUGAAGUGAAGCAUUCUCUUGUUCAAGAAUAUCUCGGCUUCUUAAAUACAGCCAACAAGGAAGAAUUGAAAAGAUUAAAGGGGAUUGGUGAGAAGCGAGCAACCUACAUCAUGGAACUGCGCGAUGAAUCUCCGAAGCCCUUCAAGAAUCUUGAUGAUUUAGAAGAGAUCGGACUUUCGGCUAAGCAGAUUAAGGGAUUGAUGAAGAAGGAAUUUGGAGGGCUAUUCAAUUAGCGAAUCUAAAAUUCGGAGACGUCGGAGAAUUUCUCUCCUCCUUGUAAUUUAUUUCCGUUUGGUCAGUUCUGUAUCACAAGAACAGAUAUUGUCUUGUUGGCUGGCAUUGGCAAACAUAUUGCCUUAAACCUUCAUGUAAUUCGUUUAUCGUGUAAUACUUUGUACUCUGUUUUCUUGAUUC